AUAACCGGAAAACUUGACUGAGGUAUUAUAGAAGGAGUGACUCUUUGACUGCGGCGACCGCAAUUUCGGCAACAUGGGAGACAUUGUGGAAUUUAUUCUAAGCGGAUUUUAAGCGCAAUCGGGAAAAUGGCAGAGAGGUUGGAGUGGGUGGAGAUCAUUGAGCCUCGCACACGGGAGCGAAUGUAUGCCAACCUGCUGACGGGCGAGUGUGUGUGGGACCCACCGCAGGGUGUUCGCAUUAAGCGAACUGGUGACAACCAGUGGUGGGAACUCUUUGACCCCAACACCUCACGCUUCUACUACUACAACGCCUCCACCCAGCGCACAGUGUGGCACCGCCCUCAGGGCUGCGACAUCAUACCACUGGCAAAACUGCAGACCCUGAAGCAGCAUACCGAUGUCCCCAAUCCCCGACCUGCAAGUGGAGGAGGAGAGAGGGUGUCAGCCGACAACAGCCCAGGGCGCAACAGUGGGGUCAGCCGAGAUGGAAGCACAUCUUCCUCACUUGACCAGGAGCUGUCUGAAAAGCAGGGCAGCAGAGAGGAGGCAGACAGAGUUUCUCCUUUCAGGUGGAACACUGGUACCAAGGAGCGGAUGCUGAUCAAAGUGACCGACAGAGAGCCUAGCUUCCUGGCCCACCAAGGCAACGGUUACUCUCCCUGUGAUCCCCCUACACCUGAUGCACUGUCUGGAGGCGGCACCAUCUCGCGAAAUCGGCGUUCCUCUGGAGGAAACCCGUCCUUAGAGCCUGAAGGCUCCCCUGUUCCCUAUGCCGAUCGGCGCCAGUCUCCCUUCCUUAAGCGAGCUGAGCUAGGUGGAAGUGGCACGCAUCGGCGCUCAUCAGCCGACUCACAGCCUCCCUCGCCACGCUACGCCUAUGAACCCCCACUGUAUGAGGAGCCACCCUCAGAGUACCAGCCCCCCCCCAUCUAUGAGGAACCUCCCACUGACAUGCAGCUUUCGGAUUCACCAUCUUUCUAUGGCACUGGAAAGUCCCCUGCACGCAAGUCAUCAGCCCCCCUCUAUCAGUCCCCUAAACAGGGUCAGUCUCCUUAUGGCCAGCUGGUUCUGACCAAACAGAAAUGUCCAGAAAAAGCCCAGAGUCUGGAGUAUAGUCCUGUUGGCAAAGAAUACGUCAAACAGUUGGUUUAUGUGGAGCAGUCGUCUUCCAGCCCUCGCUUCAAAACGACCGAUCGUCUGUUCCGCUAUGGCACGACAGGGGGCUAUGGUGGAUCGUAUGGGGGGUCGUACACUUUGCAGCACAGCCAGUCCCUGAUCAGGGACCCUCGCCUACUGUUGGACUACAGUGGGGAGGGUGGAGAGGGAGGCCAGCAAUUACUUUACGAGGACUCGAUAUCCUGGACAUCCAGCCAGACCCACUCCCUGUCCUCUGCCUCCACAGGUGGUCCGGGGGUCUUCUCUCCUGGAGGGAACCGCAAACGUAAGAGCCGUAAACCGUCCCUCCCCCAGGAGCUUGCUCGCUGUGGGGGCCCAGAGGUGGAGCUGUCUGGCACAGCAUCUGAGGCAAUGCUGGCCCAGGCCAGGCUGGCCUGGGAGGCUCAGCAGGUCAUGAAGCAGAGGAGCAGUUGGGACUCAGGGCAGGGUGGCGGGGCAACCCAGGGCAGUGGCUCCAAGGAUGGCUAUGAGAGUGAUGGGGCAGUGCCUCUGCCGCUACCAGGUCCCGUAGUGAGGGCGUUCAGUGAGGACGAGGCGCUGGCGCAGAGCGACGGCCACCUGUGGAAACGCAGCACAUUUGAUCGCCUUGGCUUCCCCCAAGCCCUGCUAGAGAAGAGCCUCUCUGUCCAGACCAACCUAGCCUCCCCAGGGCCCUACCUGCACCCGUCACAGUCAGAGGACCUCGGCGCCUGUGUGCACUUUGAGGCCAGUCGAAAUGCCAGGAAUCUGAUGCCGAGUGCCAGCUGCGGCAUUUUCCCAGAAUUCACCCUUAGAAAGCCAUCGUCAGAGACAGACAUAGAGAACUGGGCAUCCAAGCACUUCAACAAACACACACAGGGUCUGUUUAGAAGAAAGGUAUCUAUUGCAAACAUGCUGGCCUGGAGCAGUGAGCCCAUCAAGAAGCCCAUGAUUGUGACCUCAGACCGCACCGUGAAGAAGGAGGCAGUGGACAUCUUCAAGCUCAUCCAGACCUACAUGGGAGACCGUCGGUCAAAGGCUGACCCCCUCUCUGUGGCCCUGGAGGUGGUUGUCCGUGGCUGGAGCAACCAGGGUCUUCGUGAUGAGCUCUACAUUCAGCUGUGUCGUCAAACCACAGAGAACUUCCGCUAUGAUAGCCUAGAGCGAGGCUGGGAGCUUAUGGCCAUUUGUCUGGCGUUCUUUCCCCCAACGCCUCGAUUCCACACCUAUCUGGAGGGCUACAUCUGCCGACACAUGGACCCCCUCAAUGACACAAAGGGAGUGGCCAUUAGCAGCUAUGCCAAGUACUGCUACAGGAAGCUGAUAAAGGCAGCUCUGACCGGAGCCAAAAAGGGCUUGCAGAAGCCCUGUCUGGAGGAAAUUCAGCAUGCCAGAAAUGCCAUUUUCAGUCCCUCUAUGUUUGGCUCUUCCCUGGAAGAGGUGAUGGCACUCCAGAAGGAGCGGUAUCCAGACCGCCAGCUGCCUUGGGUGCAGACCCGACUCUCUGAGGAGGUUCUGGGCCUCAAUGGAGACCAGACAGAAGGCAUUUUCAGGGUUCCAGGGGACAUUGAUGAAGUCAAUGCCCUCAAGCUGCAAGUGGACCAGUGGAAAAUCCCGACGGGUUUAGAAGACCCACACAUCCCAGCCUCCCUGCUCAAGCUCUGGUACCGGGAGCUGGAGGAGCCUCUUAUCCCGCAUGAGUUUUAUGAGGAGUGUGUCAGUAACUAUGACAACCCAGAGGCAGCUGUCAAUGUGGUGCUGGGCCUACCACACAUCAACAAACUGGUGCUCUGCUACCUCAUCCGCUUCCUGCAGGUGUUCGGCCAGCCUGCCAACGUGGCCAUCACUAAGAUGGAUGUCAACAACCUGGCCAUGGUCAUGGCUCCCAACUGCCUGCGCUGCCAGUCUGACGACCCCAGGGUCAUCUUUGAGAACACACGCAAAGAGAUGUCCUUCAUCCGGGUGCUCAUCCAGCGGCUGGACACCAGCUUCAUGGAUGGAAUCCUAUAGCCCCACUGCCACACACCAUCCAUUCCCACCCCCCCAUGACAGGCUUCGAUCCCCCCCCAAAGGAUCAUCAUGUGUCCAGGUGAAAACCAUCUGUGUCCAAACUGUUUACUGUGGAACUAACACACAUAGCCUUGACACUUUACAUGCCUUCACGUGCGUUUAUUCAGUCUGAGGACAAUGGCAGGGUUUGUUUCAGAGGUCACUGCAUUCACACACCUCAGCUUUUACUGUAGUCUACCUUAAUUGACCUGAACUGACUACCCACACAGUGUCACACAGACGCUGUCACUCACCGAUUCCUUAAUUACUAUUUCCUGCCGACGACAUGGAGAAAUUGUUGUAUUGGACAGAAGUAAGGUCAGAUGUGUCCAGUAAGCUGACAUGUUGUACAUGUAGUGAAAGGUUUAGAGACAGCAGCGUGGCUCUUUGUAAGUGUUUCUGCUCAGCUGCCGUCCCAAUGGGAACCACUUAUUUGUUUUUCCUGAGCAGCUAAUGUGUCACUUUAACAGCUUUAAGCUGGGAUAUGGUACAAAGGUUUGUUGUCAAGGUUGAAACUCUUUGUUCUGAUAUUUAACUCACACUCCAGGAGAUCAUCUGAGCUCUGGGAAGUUUAGAAGCAUUUACUUAAUUUCAUAGUAAAACAAAUGAAUGUGUCUUCAAAAGGACGUCAUGCAGUGAAACACGCCGGCCUCCACACAGAGUUUGAAUCAUCAUGUGAGCUAGUAGCAGUGUGGAGCUGGUACAGUGAUGUCAGGCCAUAAUAACUGCUGGUUGUGUCAACGACGUGUAAUGACACGUGCACAGAGCGUGAACAGGGUGCUGACCAUGUUUAGUUAAAGCUCUGUGUCAAGAAAUCAAUUACUACUGUUCAAAAACCUCAAAGAAUUUAUUAAAUAAACUAUAAGAAAUUAUAUGAAGAACAAACCAUUAGCAACCAAUCCUAACCUCACAGGCUGCACAGGGAGAUAUUCCUGCAUACAACCCUUUCCCACUUUGUCCAGUACUCUGCUUGGUUCUGCCCUAUGUGAGCAGACCCAGCGGCCGAUAACAGAAGCUAAGAGUCACUACGUGUAUGCAAUAGUGUAUGAAAUCAAUACACCGUGUCAUGACUCCAAACCUUUGAACAGUAAAUUCCACAUGUUCCUGUACCUGCUGUAGAAUUUAAUUUAAGUAAACCCCAAAGACUUUGUGGGGCAAUGCUGAGGGUACGUUCACUGACUGUACCUGCAUUUACAGAUGAGAUGAGCAGACAUGAGUAAUGAUCUAGUGUGGAGCACAGGACCAGUAGUAACAACGCUGGAGCCUCAUCUUCUGCUCGUUUCUGCCAUGAUGGAACAAAACCUGUUGAACUGAUGGAGAGGAGGAUGGAAAAGAGGAUGAAGGAGGCAGGGUGGAGGAGAGAAGAAUGGAGGAGUACAGAAUGGAGGACAGGAAGGUGAAGGAGGCCGUGUGAUUUGUUCAGGAGUCUCCCUUUCUUGUUUAGAAAAUUUCUCUGCGUUAGAGCAGGUUCUGCUGUUUAUGGAAUUUAUUUAGAGAUUUUUGUCAUAUUCAGUUUUCUCUGUUUGUAACCCACUGAUUUUAUACAAUUUAAUUUAUUGAUAUUUAUUUAAGGAAAUUUGCUUGAUGCCUUCCAGAUACAAUGUUGUUGGAUUGUGUGUGUCUGUUGUGUGGAUGUGUGACAUCCGUGGGGUCGUGUAGAACAUGUAAUUAUGCUGUUUUUGGAGACAACAGUGACAUGUGGCUCACUCACUGACCUCCACAGAUCCUUUGUACAUCAUCACUGUAGACUAUGUAAGAUAAGUACAUACGCAAACAUAGCAUAUACAGUGAGGAGAUGUGACAGAGUGGAGGGUCAUUUGUCUGUUCAUUGUAAAUUUCUAUGGCCUACGUUUCUACCCAUCAUACAGAACAGUACCAUGAUGUGUCCAUAGAACUCCUGUAUCGGUACCUGAGUACAUCUGUCUGAAGGAACGACUUUCAGGAACAACACAGACUGAAGGACCAAGCAGACAAGAGACAUUUUGUUUUUUGUAACCUUUGAAACGCUGGAAGCGGGAAAGCACAGAGAUGCAAGAUGGGCUAAAUUCUCAGCUCCUAAGUCAAGUACGUGUGAUGUACUUGUUUCCUGACAGAUGUUUUGUGUAUGUGUUAAACAAAAUAGGUUUGAACUGUAGAGAACUAGUCACUUAAAAACAGGAUGAAAACCUCCAUCUUCAUAUAGACGAGUAAAACAGAAUCCUACUAAAAAACGGUGCAGGGUGUUGGUCAUUUGAGUGAGCAGCUCUGUGCAGUUUCCCACAAUGCACCAGUUUACAGUGAUGGCCUAGAACCUGGACUUGUUUUCAUCUAGCACCUUUGAAGCUGUCAUUGUUUCAUUGUAGGUUCCUUAACCUACUUUGUCCAGAAUAUUCUUCAGAGCAGGGGUGUCAAACCGAUGCCCGCAAGGGCCGCUUGCAUUGCUUGUUUUUCAACUCUCCCUGCCACAGCUACUACGGAUUAUCUUGACCAGGUGUGACAAAAUUGCUUAUUACCUGAUACCUGUAACCAACAGAGAAAGUUGGAAAACCAGCUGAGACAGCGGCUCUCCCGGACUGGAGCUUGACACUGCUUUAGAGGUUCAGGUAUUUUCAUAGUCUCAAUAUUUGUUCUAACAUUGGUUUUACAUUUCCUUUUUGAAAGGAAAAAAUAUCUAUUAAAAGAAACAGUCGACGUCUUAGUGGAGGUAUGAAUAUAGAGAAAUUAUAUUGUUUAGACAUGUUGUCUGUAGAUGAACCCAGCAGAUCAAGGUUCACUCUGACUUACUGAACAAGGAAACAAACUGAAUGUACACAACCACGAAAGACAACAAAACUGUUUUUACUCUUUUUUUUUUUCACUUGGUUUUGACUAAGGAUGAACUGGGAGUCAAAGGUGAGAGACAGCUGCUGUGAAACUAUCAACUUGACUUGUCAGUUGUGUUGUAAUGUCCACUGUUUGAAAGAAGACUCUGGAAGUGUGAUGGAUGUUGGUUUAAUAAAAUAUUCAAAUGUCAAAAAA